AUGACGGUGCUGCAGGAACCCGUCCAGGCUGCUAUAUGGCAAGCACUAAACCACUAUGCUUACCGAUAUGCCGUUCUCCUCACAGAAAGUCUUUAUGCAGAAGUACACUCAGAAGAACCCUGUUUACUGGGGACCUGUUAUUACCACCCAGGAAAGGCCUAUAAAGCAUAUAGACUCUUGAAAGGACACAGUUGUCCUACACCGCAAUGCAGAUAUCUGCUUGCAAAAUGUUGUUUUGAUGUCAGCAAGUUUGCAGAAGGGGAACAAAUCUUAUCGGGUGGAGUGUUUAAUAGGCAGGAAAGCCAUGAUGGCAUUGUUAUUGAGUUUGGUGAUUCAGCUUGCUUUCCCUUUCCAUUGUUGGGACAUGUAUAUUGCAAGACAGAUCGGCUUGCCAAAGGAUCAGAGUGUUACCAAAAGAGCCUUAGUUUAAAGCCUUUCCUCUGGCAUCCCUUUGAAUCAUUAUGUGAAAUAGGUGAAAAGCCAGAUCCUGACCAAACAUUUAAAUUCACAUCUUUACAGAACUUUAGCAACUGUCUGCCCAACUCUUGCACAACACAAGUACCUAAUCAUAGUUUAUGUCACAGACAGGCUGAGGCUGUUCUUACGGAAACACCCCAGGACACAAAUGAAUUAAACAGAUUGAAUUUAGAAUCUUCCAAUUCAAAGUACUCCUUGAAUACAGAUUCCCCAGUGUCUAUUGAUUCAGCUGUAAUUUCACCUGAUACUGUCCCACUUGGAACAGGAACUUCCAUAUUAUCUAAACAGGUUCAAAAUAAACCAAAAACUGGUCGAAAUUUAUUAUUAGGAGGACCAGCAUCUGUUAGUCCAUUAACCCCGAGUUUUGGGAUUUUGCCAUUAGAUACCCCAAGUCCUGGAGAUGGAUCCUAUUUACAAAACUACACUAAUACACCUUCUGUAAUUGAUGUGCCAUCCACCGGAGCCUCUUCAAAAAAGUCUGUUGCCAGAAUUGGCCAAACUGGAGCAAAGUCUGUCUUCACACAGAGUGGAAAUAGCCGAGAGGUAACUCCAAUUCUUGCACAAACAGAAAGUUCUGGUCCAUAAAUAAGUACAACAUCUCAGGUAUUGAGCCCCACUAUGACAUCUCCCCCAAAUGCACUGCCUCGAAGAAGUUCACCACUCUUUACUAGUGACAGUUCCACAACCAAGGAGAAUAGGAAAAAACUAAAAAUGAAGUGUCCACCUAAAAUCCCAAGCAGAAAAACAAAAAGUAAAACUAACGAAGGAUGAAUAACUCAACCUAACACAAACGGCGGCCUGGAAAUGACAAAAUUGGACUCUUCCAUCAUUUCAGAAGGGAAAAUAUCCAAAACCACACCUCAGAUUCAGGCUUCUAAUCUACAAAAAGCAGCAGCAGAAGGCUUGAUGAACCUUCUUCGUGAAAGGGGGAAAGGUUCUUUAGCUUUGUGUUCUUAACACUGCAAACAAGCUAUCAAUAUUUUGAGCCAUCUACCUUCUGACCACUACAACACUGGUUGGGUACUGUGCCAAAUUGGAAAGGCCUAUUUUGAACUUUCAGAGUACA